UUACUGAGUAAAUUGAUUCUUUUUGGUUUUGAGAGGGUGAGGAAACAGGUGGAUGGAUGCUUUAGUACACCAGGAACCUGAUGCACAGCAGUACUGUUAUCCAUCAACUAAUGGAUCCUGUUUUAAAGGCAAUCAACCCAUUGCAGCUCAGGUCAUCUUGUAUAUUUUCUUUGUGACAGGAAUGAUUAUCACAAUUCUUGGGAACCUGGUUGUCAUCAUCUCCAUCGCACACUUUAAACAGCUUCAUACACCAACAAACAUACUGGUGAUGUCUUUGGCAGUGGCAGACCUGCUACUUGGAAUGCUUGUGAUGCCCUUCAGCAUGAUCAGAUCUGUUGACGGCUGCUGGUACUUUGGAGAUGCCUUCUGUUUACUUCACUCCAGUUAUGAUAUGUUCCUUGCAACCGCCUCCAUUUUUCAUCUGAUUUUCAUUGCCAUAGAUCGCCAUCAGGCAGUGUGCAAUCCACUGCAUUAUUCUACAAGAAUAACCAUCCCCAUUGCAUUCCUUAUGAGUACUCUGAGCUGGAUCAUCGCAGCUGCAUACUCCUAUGGUCUUCUUUAUUCAAAAGCUGAUGUAAAGGGCCUGGAAGACUACAUUGCAUCUAUACAUUGUUUGGGUGGUUGCAUUCAUUUUGUUCUUUCAUUCAAUGCUUUAUGGGGUGUGUUGGACACUUUGAUUGCAUUUUUUGUGCCUUGUUUUGUUAUGAUGAGUUUGUAUGCAAAAAUAUUUUUGGUGGCCAGGGAGCAUGCAAGAAAGAUCGGAGGCAUGAAUCGUAAAAUACCAGUGAAUGCGGAAAAUAAGCACAAACUGUCUCAAGGUUCUGAGCAAAAAGCAGCAAAGACACUGGGAAUUGUUAUGAGUGUCUUCAUUAUUUGCUGGUUGCCUUGCUUUGUAAAUUCAUUAAUUGAUCCCUACACUACCUUUUCUGCCAAUCAUGUUGUGUCUGAUGCAUUUGUUUGGCUAGGUUACUUUAAUUCUACCUUAAAUCCUAUCAUCUAUGGAUUAUUUUAUCCUUGGUUCCAAAAAACACUAAAGCUCAUUAUUACUUUCAAAAUAUUCACUCCACAUUCCUCAAAUAUCAAUGUAUUUUCUGAAAGGUGAUUGUCUGUAAGGUAGUCCUCCAAGCUAAUUUUACAAUAAGCAAAAAUGCAGUCUUAUGAGCUUCCCUUUAUCUUUAUCUUGUAGAGCUUUAUUAGUGUGGACUUCAUAAUACCAGCUUUGCAUUAAUUACCUACUGGUUCUCAUUUAAACAAGUCCAAUAUAUGAGAUUUUAUCAGUGUAUAGCUGAGACGCUACAUUAUUUCACAAUUUAUCAGACAUACUGUACAUAUUUGAGCAACCUGUAUAAUGAAUUGAAUAUACAUCAUAAUAUCCUCUAAGAUUAUUAUGAUUUUAAUGGGUGAUAGCAGGUGGACAUUAUCUAAGUGAUAUUCACUUUCAUAGAAACUGUCAGUUUUUGAUGGUUGAUUGACAACUGUUUUUUUUUUGUUUUUGUUUUUUGGUGGUCUGCUAUAUUUUAGUAAUGUUAGGGUCAAUUGAUAAAUGUUGUAUCAUGUUGCCUUCUGAGCACACUUAAUGAAAUUAAUCAUGCAUUUCUGGACUGGUACUUAUAUUCUGUACUAACUGCUAUUCCAUGUUGCUCUGUCAAGCAAAAUGUAUGUCGGAAGAAAUAUUCAGAAUUUGGUAAUGUUUUUCUAGACACAAUCCAUUUCUUUCUAUUCCUUUGUUCCUUAUUUCAUGGUACUGA